ACUAACAGAUGCCAAUAUAAAUGCUUUUAACACUAACUCCACCAGUGCUCAGAAGGAAUUGUUGCUUGAUUUUCUGUCAUCAUUCAACAUUGCAAACUUUUCUGCCGCAUGUAAGAACAAUUUGCAAAAACUAAGUAUGUUCAAGGUGGCUAGACGCGUAAAUGAUUGUAUAGACAAAUAUUCCUCCUUAGUUUCUGGAUAUGAUAUAUACGACAUACGUGACUUUCCUGUUGACUUUCCAAAUGAAGUGAUUGUUGUACAUUCUCAAGGACAUAAAGCAUUCCUCGAGGCAUUGGGAUGUCAAUUACUUCAAGAGCAAAGACUAAUACUCAAGAGCAUGGAAAACAUUUCACACUACUCAGAGGCAGAUACACAAACUUUAAUGUUUUGGUGUCUCAAAUAUCGUUGUCAGUUGGUAAUUUCAGAUAUAAAGAUAAACACUACUGCAAGAGAAAUACCAUUUUUAAAAACUAAUGAUGGUCUGGCUAAACGGGCAAGCGAUGUCUUUGAUCCUGAAGAUGUCAUUUUAAAAAGCAUAUUUGAGGAUGAACCAGUGUUUCCAGUUCUUGAUGAACAUGCGCUCAAAACUGCCACGCAAGCCUUGCAUAGUCUUGGCUUAAAAAGUGUUAACAACACAACAAGCGAGGAUAUAUCACGCACUCUGAAGAAAUUGUGUGAAAAGAGCUUUUCAACUGCGGUUUCACAAAGAAAAGCGGCAGCUUUAAUGAAAUAUUUGAAUGAAAAUAAGCAUUUAAUACUAGAAAAGUUUGCUGAUAUGGAAUGGAUAUUGAUAGACACUGAUGAGUUGUAUCCCUGUUCUAUUCCAAUGAAAAACAGAGAUGAUAGGAUGUCUCUAGUGAAGCCUUCUGUGGUGAAGUCACUUAAGUUUUCUGACGUGAUUGGAUCAGUUUGCUAUCUUCAUAAUUGUUCAAACUUUGAGAAUCUGGCAAGAUUUUUUUCCUGGAAUGAAAAGCCGCAAAUAGAAGAAGUCGUCAAACAUUUGAUGAUAUUAAUAAGCAAAUACACUGUUGACCAAAAGGCUACAUUCUUCAAAAUGGUCAUAGAAAUAUACAGUUUUCUUAACGAAUACUCUAAAGUUGGAUGCGAACACAUGCAAACCUUGAAGAAUCUAUGGCGUAGUAAAUUCAAAGAAGAGUGUUGCAUAUGGAAUGGACAUGGAUUUUCACCAUUGGCUGGCGUCUACAUACAUCAGUCUGGAUCAGAUGUUUAUUUGCCUCGAUAUGUAAAACCUCUUCCAGAAGAACUUCAAGGAAUGAAAAGCUUGUUUUUGGAACUAGGUUGUUUGCCAAGAAUGGAUCUCCAUACAUAUUUGUUAAUUCUAGACAAAAUAAAAAGGGGUGCUGAAAGAGAUACCGACAAAGUGUUAGAAGGACUUCACGAUUCGAUAUCCAUUUUAAACAAACUUAAAGAUGAUUUUGGAAAUGACCUGCAAAAUACUACUGUGCGACAGCAAAUUUACUGUCCUGUACAAACUGAAGACAAUAAAUUGGAAUUGCGAAAUGUAGAAAUGUGUGUUAUCCUGGAUGCAAAUAAUUUUCCAGGAUUCAGUCCAUGUGAUGACGAACUUGAAUUCUAUUUUAUUCAUCCCGAUGUACCAAAAUCAACUGUGGAUGCACUGAAUGUAAAGUCAGCAAGGCAGUUGAUGCUAUCAGAUGCUGAUGCCUUUGAGGAAUGGGGUCAAGCAGAGCCACUGACUCGUAGAAUCCAUGUGUUGCUAGAAGAAGGUUAUGUUGAUGGUUUUUCCAUAGCAAAAGAACUCUUACAAAAUGCUGAUGAUGCGGGCGCAACGAAACUACGCAUUCUUUAUGAUGAACGGCAAAACCUUGAAUAUCGAAAAAAACUUAUUAGCCCAGGUCUUGCAGACUUUCAAGGUCCUUCUGUAUGGGUAUACAAUGACGCUGAAUUCACAGAUGAAGACUUUCAAAAUAUAACCAAGUUGAAUGGAGCCACAAAACAGAAUAAUGCAAAAAAAAUUGGGAAGUUUGGAUUAGGAUUUUGUGCAGUGUAUAAUUUAACCGAUGUGCCAUCUUUUGUUUCAAGGGACAGCUUUGUAAUAUUUGAUCCUCAUACCAGUUUCUUGGGAACAUCGGCUGGUGGGAAAUGUCCAGGCUUGAGAAUUAAUUUCCAAAGGAAACACAAUUUAAUGAUUCGGAAACGUAUGAGUCAUCAAUUUGAAGUUUUUAACAAUAUAUUUGAUUGUCAACUCACAAAUACAGAUCAUGUUUAUUACGAAGGUACAUUAUUUAGAUUACCACUCCGACGAAGGGGAAGUGAGAUCAGUAAUAAAGUUUAUAAUCAUGAAGAUACUGUGGACCUGUUGACGAAGGUAGUCCAGAUGGCACCUGACAUGUUUCUGUUUAAUCAGUCUGUCACAAAGCUGGAAAUUUACCACAUUGAAUCCAGUUCCACUGACACUGUUCCGAAACGUGUGUUUCAGGUAGAAAAGAAGUCUUUCCUUUUGACCCCAAUAUCUGUCAGUUCAUCAAUUGUUUGUGCUGCUGUUGAAAAGAAAAAAUCGAGUUCUCUUGAAACCUAUCCCUUAAAGUGCUUACAAAAGGUUACGAUUGAAUCACAUACAACCAACUCUCAACGUCUUAGUCUAGGAGAUAACAAAUUUCAAACUUCUUGGAUUGUGUCCUGGGCAACUGGUAAACAAAGCAAAACAUUACAGAUGACUGCUGCUUUAGAAGGUGCAUUACCGCUUGGUGCUGUAGCAGUGCCAGAAGCAAAUGAGGAAAAUCAAUAUCGUGAUUUUGUCGAAUAUUGCUCAAUUUCUACUAAAUGUAAAGAUAAUCAGGGCCAAUACUUCUUUUUUCUACCACUUCCAAUCAAGCACAGUUUUGAUUUUCAUAUCAAUGGUCAGUUCAGCGUUACUUCAGAUAGGAGGCAUUUUGUAGCUGCAACGAAAGAAGACACCAACACAUCUGUUUCAGAUUGGAAUGAAUGUCUUAUGUCUGAUGUAAUUGUUGAAGCAUUAAUUGUGUUACUUGAGAGUGAUCGAGCCAGAAUUUGCAGCCAUUUCAGUGCUUGGCCUCAAAUUGAAAACACACCCAACGAGAAAGCAUUCCUGACAAGCUUUUACAACAAUAUUAUUUCACAAAACCGGAGUGUUUUUUGUGUUGGCAAUGCAAAAAUAUCAUAUUCCAGAGCCUGUUUUAUUGAUCCCUGUCUGAGAAAAUCAGAACCAUUAGGGCGAUUGGUUUUUGAAGUGCUGUGUUGUGUUCUUUCUGUGGGAGAAAAUCGGACGUUAGUCGAUGUACCAGAACAAGUCUACAUGCACCUUAAAAAGUGUGAAAAAUCAAACAUACGUGCUCACACAAUAACACUUGAUAGUUUUGUAACUAACUAUUUUCUUCCAAAUAUAGAUAAAUUUAGUGCGACUGAGCAGUUGACUGUGACUAGAGAUCAGCUUAUGAAAUGCAUUUUAAUGAGCAGCCUUGCCAAUGACACAGUUGAAAAUAUUAAACAGUACGCCUGCAUACCAACACAGCCUCAAGGGAUUGGAAUUCUAAGAAAGCCUGAUGAUUUAAUUGAUCGUUCAUCCAGAACAGCAGAUCUAUUUCAUGAUCAAGACCAAAGAUUUCCAACUGAAAACUUUUUGGAACCAUUAGUGUACGAAAGACUGGACCAGUUAGGAAUGAUGAAAGAUAAUCUUCCAGAAGAUCUUAUACUCGAACGAGCAAACAGUGUGAUGGUGUUAAAUCAAACAUGUCAUGUCUGUGCCCUUCAACGCUGUUCUGCUUUUCUAGGAUAUCUUGAAUCCAAUGUACAUAUGCUGUCCAUGUUUAGCAAACUCAAGAAAAUACAAUUUAUACCAGUAAUGACUAAACCUGACAAUUGGCAAUUUGCUUGGAAAGGCGACGAAAUCGCUUUUAAGAACAAACGUUGUCUCAAACAUGAGUCGAAUGAGCACCAAGCUGCAUUUGUCGCACCCAGUGACAUAUAUUUGGCAAAAGACAUGCCUCUGCUUUGUUGCAGUUCAUUGAUUAUGUGUGAUGAACAAAUUGGUCGAAAAUUCGUUGAUGGAUUUUUUGAGCGUAUCGGUGUCAGGACAGCUUCAUACAAUGAGCAAAGUGUUGUUUGUGUCAUUCAGCAGAUGUUUUCAUUAGAAAAUUGUACAAAAGAAGAACAUGUACGUCCACUCUACGAUUUUUUGAAUCAGGCAUGCCAUGACAGCCUUUUGAAGAACAUUGUCAAGAGUAAAUUACAAAACCAGAAAGUUGUUUUUGUGGAUCAUUGUUUUGUUUUUACGCUACAUGUAGCUCAAAGUAGUGUUGUUCAUUGCCCACCCUUUUUGUUUUCCUUGCAAAAUACUACACUCGGAGAAGAAAAGUAUUCCACUUUAUCUAAAACUUUGGAUUUUAAACCUGUUUUUGAUAUUGAUGAUCUGUUGUCAGUGUUAGAUGAACUUAAACAUGACAAGCAAGAAUGUUCAUUAGACCACAAUUGUCUUAACCAGGUGAUUCAUUUGUUAAAGUGUUUGAAUGACCUUAUGGAAGAAGCUCAAAAAAAAGAGAAACACAUAAAUCGUGUGAUUUAUGUACCUGACACUUUAAAAGUUCUGCGCCCUAGUAAAGAAUUGUGCUUCGAUGAAUUUGACACACUUGGAGAAGAUGACAAUAAUGUAAAUUUUAUUCACUCCGAGGUCCCGAUGAAACAUGCCAAACGCUUUGGAGUACGGUCCAUCACGCAACAGAUGUUGUCAGAUGCGUUUGCAUUCGAGGAAUGGGGCCAAGAUGAACCGUUAACUCGUCGAUUAAAGGUGCUUUUAGAGGAAGGAUAUGUUGACGGUUUUGCUGUAGGCAAAGAACUGUUUCAAAAUGCAGACGAUGCUGGAGCAAGGAAAAUGUACAUGCUUUACGAUGAACGGCAAAACGAGAUGUUGCGUUCUAAUUUGAUUAGUGAAAAACUAGCAGAAUGCCAAGGUCCUGCUCUAUGGGUGUACAAUGAUGCUUUGUUUUCUGAAGAUGACUUAAUUGCUAUUACAAAAUUAAAUGGUGGAACAAAACAGUUUGAUACUACUAAGAUCGGCAAGUUUGGUCUUGGAUUUUGUUCUGUUUACAACCUUACUGAUGUUCCUAGUUUUAUUUCAGGGGAAAAUUUCGUCAUGUUUGAUCCUCAUACAACAUUCUUAAGAAAGGCUUUACCAGGAAAAAGUCCUGGUAUACGGUUAAAUUUUAGUAAAGCUAAAAAUCUAAAAGUGAUGGGACGAAUGAAACAUCAGUUUGAUGUUUUUGAAGGCGUGUUUGAUUGUCAAAUCACUCAAGAAAGUCCAUUUUUCAAGGGAACUUUGUUUAGACUACCAUUACGAACUCGUGGUUACCAAAUCAGUGAUAAAGUGUACACAAAAGGAGAAAUGGUUGAUUUACUGCGAAAAAUUGUUGAAAUGGCUCCAAAUAUGUUUCUGUUUAAUCAGCAUAUUUCUGAGCUGAAAAUAUUCCACUUAAAUGACAAAGAAAACAUUUCAAACAUGCGAUUAAUGCAUCAUGUAGUUAAACAUGAAGCAAAGUUUGGACCGACAGACUUACAACUCCCAAUCAUGAUAGAAUCUUCUUACAGAAAAAAGGAAGGGUCGUUGCAGCAGAAUCCAAUCCAAUGCGUUCAAAAGGUUACUAUUUCAACAGAUGUGUUUGUUACUGCGAAUAUGUCAAUGGAAGGGAAAAAUCAAUCAAGCGUUUCAAAUUGGCUCAUUUCUUGGGCAUCAGGUAAGGAUAGUGAAACAAUACUGAUUUCUGAGAAGGAAAAAGGUGCACUCCCCUUAGGUGCAGUUGCGGCGUUAAUUGCAGAAGAUUACGCAGAUGCUGCUUGUGAAAAACGUCGUUCAUGGCCAAUAGUGGACAUGAAGAUUGCACCAAAGUGUUUCUUCCAAAAAGGGCAUUACUUUUUUUACUUGCCUCUUCCAAUUGAAUGCAGUUUCCCUUUUCAUAUUAAUGCCCAGUUCAGUGUGACUUCAGAUAGAAGACAUUUAAGAAGCAUAUCUGAGGAUGAUAAAGAUUCAUCCUUUGGAAAAUGGAAUGAAGCUAUUAUGUCAGAUAUGAUCGUAGAUGCCCUACUACAACUUCUUUCAUGCAAUACCUCCAGUGAUCCAUAUUGUAUGUGGCCUUUAAAAUCAAAUGGGUCAAUAGAACAUAAGCUCAUUGAAAGCUUUUAUAAAACAAUUGUCAAUAACGAAAACAAGUACUGCAUAUUUAGAGUUGCUGACAAGUUGACAUCUUUGAGUAAUGUGCAGUUCUUACACGCAGAUGUUAGAAAAAAUGAAACAUUUGGAGAAGCAAUUUUUGAAAUGCUUGGUUACCUUAUGGAUGGGAAGAUAAUGGUCGACAUUCCAAUUGAUAUUUAUGAACGGCUAUUAGAGGUGAAUGAAGAGGUCAUUAUGAGCAAAACUGUAACAGCCAAAGAUUUUGUAUUGAAACAUUUUCUACCAAAUAUUAAUAAUAUAAAGCAAGAGCACGAAAACUUAAGGGACAAAGUCAUGGCUUACACGCUUACCUUGCCUCCUGACAAUGACAUUGAAGAAAUGAUAUCAUGCACUGCCUGCAUACCAACAGAUCCUGACAACAUUUUGCGAGCACCUAAAUAUCUGGUAGAUCCAAACUCGGAUGUGUGCAAAAUGUUUUUGAAGAAUGAUGGCUACUUUCCAACAACCCCUUUUAUUGAUCAUGUUUAUAUAAUUAGGUUAAAGAAAUUGGGCAUGAUGUUCAACAUUAUAAGUGAUGAUGUGCUCAUCGAGAGAGCCAACACAGUUGCAAGCCUGUAUGAAUCAUGCUGCUUUUGUGCUUCACAGAGAAGCAUUUGUGUUAUGAAGUACAUUCGGUCUCAUUUAAGUGAAAUUGAAAAUCAAUCUGCAUUGAAACAAACAUUACAAAAUUGCAGGUUUUGUGUAGUUCAAAACAAGCCUCAAGACUGGGAAUAUGUCUGGCAUGGAGUAAGCAGUGGAUUCACUCAGAUAUUUUGUGAAGAACAUCACAAUGCAGUAAGCCCUGUCGUUAUUGCGUGUCCUAUUCAGAUGUUCACAAAAGAAUCAAAACACCUUGUUGGCUGCCAUUCGCUCAUAGUUGAUGAAUUAUAUUCAUUAUGUACAAACACAACUGAAUAUUUAGGUAUCAAUCAGUUGCAGAGCAUCAACGAAACCCACGUAAAACUUGUAUUGAAACAAUUGGAAACGAUGGUUGUUUUUUCUGGAAAUACAACGACGCUUCAAAUGCAAAGAGCUCUUAUAGAUGUUUAUUCAUUUAUUGAAAAAGCCUGUUCUCAUGGUGGAGCCAUUCAAGAAAUUAUUGCGGAAUAUUUUUUUAGUGAAAAAACCAUAUUGGCAGGCAGUGUGUUUGUUAAUCCCUUAAACAUUUUUCGGUCAUGUCAUGAGAUUGAUUGCAAGCCAUACAUAUACACUCUUAAGGAAACAGCGUUGUCAGCCAAUCCAACAUUAUGUAAUGUUUUACAAAUUAAGGACAGUUGUAAAAUUGACCAACUCAUUUCAAUUCUUGAAAAUAUUUACAUUGUGAAAGAAGGAAUGAGUUUGAGUGAAGUGGAAUUUCGUCAAUGUGUAAAUCUUUUGAACUGUAUCGCUCACAUUAUUAUUAAAGAGGGGUUUAUCUUUGAUGACAUUUUAAAGAAUGAAGGCGAAAUUUAUGUUCCGGAUACAAAAAUGAUCCUGCAACCAAGUCAAAAGCUUUGUUUUGAUGACGAUGAUUCCAUUCCAAAAAGUGAUAGCAUGAUUUAUGCUCAUGGUGAUGUUUCAAGGAACACAGCAAAGGCAAUAGGGGUGCGCAAGAAAAAGCUAAAACAUUUUGAAGAAAACUCUGUUGAUAUUGAAGGCAUGGAAGACUUUUACCAAUGCGAGCCAUUAAUAACACGUUUACACAGACUUAUUGAAGGUUACCCCUUAGGAGUAGAACUUCUGAAAGAAUUGCUUCAAAAUGCAGACGAUGCAGGUGGUACUGAAGUGUGUUUUUUACUGGAUUAUGAAUUCCAUGCUGACACAAAUCUGCUUUCAAAGACUAUGCGGCCUAUUCAAGGACCUGCAUUAUGUGUUUAUAACAACAGUGCCUUCACGAAUGCUGAUUUGAUAGGUAUACAACGGUUAGGAAUUGGAAAUAAAGGUGAUGAUCCCUACCAAACGGGCAGGUAUGGGGUUGGAUUUAAUGUGGUGUAUAAUAUAACUGAUACACCAACAUUCUUAACAAUUGGAGAAGAUCUUAAAACAUUGUGCUUUUUUGACCCAAUUGCUGAAACAAUCCCAGGAGUAAAUCAAAACAAGCCAGGUAAACGUCUGACAAAUCUGGAAGAGUAUCGCAAACAAAACCCGGCUUUGUUCAGUGGCUUUCAUGAGGGUCAUUGCUUCCAAUCUGGGAAAGGUACAAUGUUUCGGCUACCAUUAAGAACGAAACCAAGCUCAAUUAGCUCUAAUGUUGUCACUGUUGAUAAAGUUCAAGACCUUCUGAAAGAAUUCGGCCAGUACAUGACUAGAAUACUAUUGUUUUUGAAGAAUAUUACAAAUAUAUCGAUAGUUGAAAAAAAACUUGGUGAUUACAAAUGCCUUUCGAGUGUGAGAAAAACAUUUGAUGAUGACAGCACAGCUACUUUGCUUGAAUUUUCAGUCAAGUAUGGGGAUUUGUGUAAGACAUACAAAGAGUCAAAGGAUUUGGUAACAAAAUGUCAGCAGCAUGUAUCAUCGUUUCGAAUUACCGUGUUGCAUGAAGAGAAUGGCAAGUCUGUUUCAAAACAAACCUUUACAAUUGUGCAGACAUUAGGUUUUAGCCAGACACUUCCAGCCUUGUUGAAAGAAGACAUCCUUCGAGGUUCUAUUGCCCUUUUACCUGUUGGGGGGGGUGGCAUAUAACGAAGAACAAUAUAGCACCAUUAAUGACCAGGAUAAUGUGUUUUGUUUCUUGCCGCUUCCUUUGAAGUCUGGACUUCCAGUGUAUGUGCAUGGCUAUUUCGCCCUUAAUCAUGAAACACGUCGCUCUUUAUGGAAUUC